UCCCUAUAUAUCUUUUCUUUUCUUUGUACUAGGACUUUGUUAUACUAUACUAGGUAACCAUCAUCAUCUAGGCCUUUCUCUAAACCCAUUUGCCUUGACCCUCCACAGAUAGAAAAGCCUUUUAACAAAGAAUCCACUCAUUUCCGCGCUGUGCAAGUGUAAUUUAAAAACAAAAUUGAGAUAAAAUAGUGCAGAAAAAACAACACAAAAAUAUAAGAAAAAAAUAUAAAUAAACAAAUAAAAGCAAACAAUGGCCACCUCAACGCUGCAAUCUCCAUCGCCCUCGCCAUCAUCCGCCCCCGUUUCGGCCAAGAAUCCGCAGCUGAAGCGCGUCGUCUACUCCAAGUAUCGGGAACUUCUUGGUUCUUACAAUGAUAAGGCCAAUGCCAUCAUCGACACUCUGCCCGCCUAUAUGGUUCGUCAGGAUCGCGGAUUUCAGUUGUCAGCCGAGCUGCCCGUGAAUGGGGAUGCCAAGUUGGGUCUGGAAUCGUCGUAUGGACAGCGCGGAGGAGGCGGAUCCGGAAACGGUGGCUACGAGGCGCCCGCCUGCGUCCAAAACGCGAUGAUGACAAAAGACAAGAAGCCCUUUACGUACACGCCCGGCGGUAUCGAUCUCUCCCAGAUCCGGUCGGAGCGGAUGGCCAAACGGCUGGCGCGCAACGCCCAGUCGGAGGGUGCCACCGGGGCUGCCCAACAGAACAGACCCGCCCAGCCACAGUCGCCAGGUGGUGCAGCCAGUUCGAUUGGAGCUGCUGCCAUGGGCAUGCCCUUCCAGGUGCUGCCACCGCCACCGCCGCCGCCUCAACAACAGCCGGGUCCAAAACCAUCAGCAGCCAGCGUGGAAAGUAGCUAUACUCCCUACACACCGACUCAACAAGCCCCCCCUGUGGCCAAGAGUCCGCCGUUGCAACAGCUACAGCCAACGCCACCGGCAACACCGCCGCAACAGCAGCCACAGGUCGAGCAGCAGCCUGCAGCACGACAGGAGUUCCGCAGUGUACCCAUGCCCACAUCGCCGGCUGUAAAUGUCUACACUCGUCAGACGGACAGUCCAAGAUCGCCGUUUGAGGAGGCACAGCAGCAGCAACAGCGAUCCACUGAGAGCCCCUUACGAUUCGUACAGCAGCAACAGCAACAGUCACCGCAGCAACGUCCACCAACAGCGAUAUCGCCUUUGGCUCAGGUGCAACAGCAGCAGCAGCAAUUGCAACAACUGCAGCAGCAACAGCUGCAACAGCAACAAUUGCAGCAGCAACAAUUGCAACAGCAAAAACUACAGCAACAACAAUUGCAGCAACAGCAACAGCAGCUACAGCAGCAGCAACAGCAACUUCAACAGCAGCAGCAACAACAGCAACAGGCAGCUCAAUCAGUACCAUGGCGCACUCAACGCACGCAGCCUGCAGCACAACAGCAACAGGAACUGCAUCCACAGCCCAUCUACAACAAUGUUCAGCAGCAGCAACAAAGAUCUCGCGAUGUCUUCAGUCCAGCAAGAACUGAAUCACCAUCAGCAAACACGUUCAAUUCACAGCAGCAACAGCAGAACUAUGGCAAUCAGCAAAACCAAUUUGCCGGAGCAGCAAAGCCGACCAACGUUGGCUCGCUUUACAUAGCUCCAUUGGCCCAACCCACAGAGCCGCAGGCUCAACGAAUCCUUCUGCAGCAACAGCAGCAGUCGGCUGCCCGGGAUUCCCCGAUACGCCAGCUUCCACAGCAACAAGGAUCACAGCAGCAGCCACAGGCCAAUCAGCCGAUGCGAUGGCUCAGCUCACAGCCGGCCACCAAGGAGCAGGCUCCUUGGGCUCGUCCUGAGGAGAAUGGCAACGUUCUGCCCUCUACUUUGCGGCAGACCACUCCGGCACCACAGCCCCAAGUCGUACCUCAAUCGCAGUCCCCACAGCAACAGCAGCAGCAGCAGACAUCUUUCUACCAGCCGCAGUUGGUCCAAGGAAAUGGCUAUGGACCAACUCCGGUGGCAGCUGCUCCUAUCAGUCUGCAAAACUUUGGAUCAAAUGCUCAGGCAGGAGGACUUCGUUUGCAGAUCAACUUAAACACCAAUGGCAGCAGCAAUGCAGCCAACCAAAGUGCUCCAAGGGAGCGUAUCAUACCCAUAACUUUAGAGCAGACACCGACUUAUGCCGCAGCCCAACCAAACUUUGGUGGUUACCAGAACUAUCCAGCACAGGGCCAACGAGUCCUGUCGCCCAAUCAGCCAGCAAGUACGCCUAACACCAAUGGUAAUGCCACCCGGAUAAUCCCCAUAGCCAUCGAGGGAGGACGCGGCGGUCCAGUUUCCCAGUCGCCGGUUCUGCUGCAAAACGAUCCACGCUCACCGCCCAUCCAAUCGAAAUCGUUCAGAAUAUUACAAAAGAUAACCGACACCGUGGACGAUGGCAACGGAAAUGGAGAUUUGCGGCAGGACGUGCAGCAGACGCCCCAGGAGGCGGAGUUGCAGCGGCCACAGUUUGCCCGCCAGAUGAGUGCCCAGCAGGCCAGGAAUAGUCCGACCAUCGAACAGAUGCGACGCCUGCAAAUCUCUCAAGAUCAACUAAAUAAUCAGCAACAGUCGGGUACGCCACUAGCUUGGUCCCCGCAAGGUAAUGGCGUCUCAGCUCAGAACCGCUUUACCCAGCAACGAUAUGAUACCCCUCAGCAACAGCAAUAUGUGCCGCCAAGUGAACAGCAAGCACCGGAGCCCAAAAAAUAUACCGGAAGCGCUAUACCCAGUCGAUCAUUCAAAAUUCUACAGGCAAUGACAACACCUGAAAAUGCCGACCAUAAAAUUCACACCGAGCUGGACUCGGAUUUGGAAAAUGUUGAACUGAACGAAACCCCAAAUAAUAAUAAUAAUAAUAAUAACAACGGAAAUACUGAAAAUAAUAAUAAUCAUAAUAAGAUUAACAGUAAAACCAACAAACGACAUAGCUACACAUCAUCCACACCACAAUCAUGCACCGAACCCACCACCCACUCAUCAAACUCAUCCCUUAGUUCAGAUAGUUCUUGUCCCCCACAGGCCCCUCGAUCACAGUCAGUGCCACCACAAUAUCCCUAUGCCUUUGGCUAUCCAUAUCCCUGGUACAUGCCACCUCCUCCGUCAGUAAAUGGUGAAACAGCUCCUUGGCCAUAUCUCUAUUCGUAUCCUCCACCACCACCACCACCACAAUCUGUAGAUGGAAAGCAGCCAGAGGGAUUUCCCCCAUAUCCCUAUUACUACCCCUACUAUCCGCCACCUCUGCCACCCUACGGUCAACAGCAGGGAGAUGCCCAAUAUCCCGUUGGCUAUCCUCAGUUUCAUGCCAUGCCGCCUUAUGGUCAUCCCUUUCCCUAUCCUGUUGCUCCUAGUUAUAGCCAGAGUUCCACCGAAGAAAGCAGAGCCAGCAGUGUUCUGCCGGAUAUAAUCAUCACUCCCAGUACCGAUGAUAUUCCCUCGCAGGUCAUCAUGCAACAUCACAUUCGAGUGGAGCCACGAGAACCACCAAAGCGGGCGCACUCCGUUGAGAUCGAGGAGUUGGUUAGCAGGCCGAAGGCCCGAAAUAUUUGCACCAAUAAUCACGAGGUUAUCGAUGUGCUGAGCCAAAGAUUGGCCAAUAUCAAUAAGAUUGCCAGUGGAAAUACCCAGGCUAAUCUCUCCAAGCAGUGGCAGAAAAACUAUGCCGGCGAACAGGCAAAGGAACUGGGCGAGAGAUCCCCAAGCGAAAAUGCUUCCAACUCCGAAAGUGAGUCAGAGGAAGAGAGCAGCGAUGACGAUGAUGAGGAUACCCCAAAGCUCGGGGCUCGUCCUGCUGUCUUGCAGUCCAUUAAAUCGGUGUCAAAUGUGCAGGUCUACAAGGGUAAAACCCUGGAACAGCAUCUUGACUCCGAGAGCAGUGAGGAUGAAGAUGAUGUGACCACGGCGGAUGAAAUGUUCGAUGAAGAAGAACAGAUCGAGGAAGAGCAAGAAGGCCUGGUCGAGGAAAUGGAAGAAGAUUACAUUGUUGAGGAAGAUCUUAGUGUUAUCUAUGAGGAAGAAAGCGAACUGGAACGCAGCAGCGAGUACGCCAAGACAGUGAUUCGGAGGGAUGACUCCAGAUCAACCAUAGUUGAUGAGAUUGAAAAGCAAAUAGAAGAGAAUGAUGAUGAUGACGAUAAUAACGAUGACGAUGAGGAGUCCAAUUCCGUAACAGUUCGCCUGCCACUUCGUUUCUCCUUUAGCCGUAGCUCGAACGAUGAAAACAUUGCCACCGUGGAAGUGGGCAAAACAACUCAGAUCGAGGAGAAGCAACCUACUAUCGUGAGCUCUUUCAGUGUGGCCAAGAUAGAAAGCGAAGAUGAGGACGAUGACUGUGAGGUCAGUGUGACCAUUAGUUUGUCGAACUCUUCGCGCUCCAAUUCAGUGGAAAAGUGUGUCCAACCCUACAAGACUUCCAAUGCCUAUCCAGUGGAGGAGAUCUCCACACCCAUCAAAGCCAGUGAAGAAGACGUUUCUACCUCGUUCUCUCUAGGUAUGCGCAACAAAUUCUUGGGCGAAACAAUAGCCGAUGAUGUAACCAAUAAUAUUUCCCGAGAUAAGCCAAAAGAAAUAGUCGAAGAAAUAAAAGAAGUUGAAAACUCACCCAAGGAGGAGUUCGACUUCUUUGCCACUUUAAUGGCAACAAAAAUGCAGGCCCAGAAAAUGAUGGAGCAGUCGAAGAACUUCUGGAAAACACCUGAGCUAAAACCAGCAGAGCCUGCAGUUGAAACGGCAAAACUUCGACCCAAGGACAGUAUGCCUGAGACGAAGCCACCAAGACCCGUAUCUGGUGAUAUGUCCAAGACUCAGGCUUCGCUGGAGGCAGCCAAAAAUGAUUUCUGGUCUACUUUCGCCACAGCCUCUAAGGAGAAAGAGCCUGAAUUGGAGGAACAGGAUGAAACUGAGGAAGUAGACUUCUGGGCCAGCAUAGAGAAAAAAGAAACCUCUGAGAAAAAAGAAAAGCAGUGGACCAAGAAGAAGAAAACCGUAACCUAUACCCCCCUACAAAAAGAGGCAGCUACUAGAAUUGAACAUUGGACAACAACACUCCGGGCUCAAGUGGAAACUCUUCCAGUCCCACAAAGAGCUGAAGUACAUUUUGUGGUUGAAGAAAAGCCAAACGAAAUUGAACAUGCCCAACAGGAAGUCCAGGGUGAAGAAGAGGAUUUCUGGGCCACAGUAAAUCAAGAUAAGUGUGAAAAUACAGUGAGUUCAAGCUGGGAACAUACAACCUAUAAUACAGAGCCCCAAAAUGAACAGCAGAUUGACAUUGGCUCUACUCCGAUAGAUACAGAGCAAACCAUUCAACAAGAUUCAGAAAACGUGGACUUCUGGGCAGAAGAUGGCGAAUCAACUAAUAGUUACCAAAAUGUUGAACAACCCAGCGACUUCACCUACGAUCCUACGAAAUAUCCAGAAGAACCCCGAGAAGUGGACACCGAUGAAGAAAUUGAUUUCUGGGCAGAGAUUGAGGCAAGAAGGCAGCCAGGUGAAGAAGAUGAUGAAGAUGUCACGUUCCAUAAAUCGGCCACUUUCUGGUUUCGCAAAGAAAGACAGAAUUCAGUGGAGGAGACGCCCUACAAGCCUGUCGAAAUAAAGCCUUUCAGGGCCAAAUUACCUGAUGAAGCAGCUGUAGAGAUUGAUGUUUGGGCUACGUUAGAGGCAGCCAGGGGUCAUGAACCUGAAAUAGUGGACCCAGUCGUGGAAGAGGAAAAGCAUCUUGCUGAGCAAUUUGAGGAACUGGAACAUGAAAGCCCAGAAGAGGAGAUUGAAAAAGAGAAGAUUGAUGAGAAGCCCCAAGAAGAGAUCCCUGAAAGCAAUUUAAGCCACAUGGACACCAUGUCGAUGGCUUCGAUGCACGAACCAGCUACAGUCUAUACAUGGGCUCCUCCACCACAGGAGACUAAUGACAACGAGGAUGAAACCGAUUUCUGGGCGGACAUGGAGCAGGAACGAUCCAAGAAAGAACAAUUUGAAGAGGCCGAACAGAAAAGACACAACUACCGUCAGGCCAUGGCCUUCUUCAACACCUCGAUCGAUGGCCAGCAGUCGCCCCCACAAAUAAAUAGCAGUCCCAAUCGUAGCAGUGUUAUUCUGGAAGUAGAAGAACCACAAGACGUAGACUUGGGACCACCUGGUGAAUACGAAAUAGUAGGCGAGGAUGGCGUCAUCGUGGAGGAGCAUAAGCCAGCGAUACCCGAGGCCGAAGAAGAGGACCGCGGAGCAGCGACUCCUACCAACAUAGAGCCACAACUCCCAGAGGUUUAUGUGGAACCCGAACCGGAAGUAAAGCGUCUGUCCAAUGGUCUUCCUGAUCUUGCCGUCGAGAAGUUUACCGAAAUGCCCAAGAUAUCAGUGCGUGAUAGGAUCAGUGCCUUUGAAGUCAUGCCGACAGCUGGAAGCGAUGGCUCCAAGGAAUUAACCAAGCAAUCCCUCUCAGUGGAUAGUGCUUACGGCAAGGGAACCCUUUCACGCAACAGCAGCACACAGAGAUCCGAGUCGGAGAUUGAGGAGGACGACUCUGGGGUGACGGACAUGAAUCGCCAGCUUUCCGAGACGGACACCGAGUCCGAGAGUUUUCCGGAGCUGCGCAAGAUGACCAGCUACCAGCGGGCAGCCACACAUUCCAGGCUCUUUAAGUUGCUGCAGGACGAAAAUGAUGUUCCGGAAGCGGGAGCCAGUCCAGCCGAUGAGUUUCAAUUCAAACCCAGCCGCAGGAAGAUCGUCCACAAUGUGUCCAUCACCAGGCGUCAGAAUCCUGGAGCCCUGAACGAUGCUGAAUCCAUGAUGCAGCGCAGAGAACGUCUCUCGUUGCCACUUCGUAAAAAUACUAGUAUCGAUGCCGACAAUCCUUCGACUCCAAAUAGUCCUGCUUCACCUAUUAUGGGUCCCUCGGCCAAGAAUCAACGCCAGGUGAGCGAUAAGUUGGUCAAUGAACUGGUUCAGAGUUUGCUCCUAAAGAGCGACAGUUCGCAUUUGCGAAAUCUGCCCAUGGAACGCCUUCAGGCGGCCGCCAAAAGAGCCCUGGUAGAGGAGAUGGACUCGGCGCAGGAGAACAGCUCCCUGGACAGUACGCCGGCACCAACACCCAAGCAGGACAAGGAAUACUCUGAUUACUACAAUAGCUGGUGUGAUGCCAGUGGCAGUGGAGAUGAUGUGCUGCCCUCCAAGAGCUUCCGUUCCUUACAGGAUCCACGCCGGAGUCCCUGGACAGUGCGGUGCCCGAGGGUGCUCAGCUCCAAAACGAUUAACCGUGAUUUGGCACGGGUCACAGAGUCACCGGAAAUCGCCAAUGCACGGGGUAGCAAAAGUCCGGAAUGUUUCCGCCAGAACUCACAUUCACAGAGUAGAGAACGUUCCGUGAGCAGUUGGCGGAGGGUUUAGAAUACGGCAAAAGAGAUUGCCUAUUGUAUAUAACUGGGCGGGUCUAUAGUCUUUAGAAGGGAUGUGAGACCGGUUCAAAUGGGAGAUCGAAUCUCUCCAGAGAAUCAGAAGCUCCCCACAAAUUCGAACGAAAUACAAAGCGAACUCAAAUUGAUCCAGGAGAAGUACUCAGGUACUAAGUCCCCAGGUAUUUGGUAAAACCUAUUCCUGGCUAACUAUCCAGUAUCCAAGGGAAUAACCUUAAAACAGUCAACUUCCGAAUCGGAUUUCACUCCCGAACUUUUCGUAAACUAAGCGUCUUCUGCAUUUGGCUGAAACAGUCACUGCCCCUGGGAAUGGGUGAUAAAAAAGCCAGUUAUUGCAUUUCUCAUAUCAUCAUCAUCAGUUCAUAUCCCAUUGUACAUUAUGAAUAUCGAAUACACUCAGUACAUUAAUAAACUAAAUCUUAUUAAACAUGUAAAUAAACCAAUUGAAACCAAUGAAAGGAAAUCGUUCAUUCGUUCGUUCGUUUGUUACCUCAGUAAAGCGCAAAACCAAAAACCGAAAACCAACCAAAAUCAUUUUCUAAAACUACAUGAGUAUUUCAAAAUUUGUAAACCGUAACUCAUGAAUCGAACUAAAUAAUAACAAACAUAAAAAAAUGAAACUGAAAAAAAUCUAUCAAGCGCCACAAUAAACAACAAAAUAAAAAACAAUUUCAUCUCAACUCAAUGAUUUUGUAAAACUCGUUCAAAAUCCUAAGGACCUGGACAAUCGGAUCUAUAAUUAUUUCUCAACGCCAUAGAAAUCAAUUAUAGCAACUCAACAGCAUCAUAUACUGAAAACGAAAAUGAAAAUCAAUCAGAUUGCUUGUUAUAGUUAUCUAGUUUAAGUACCAGACACUCUUAAGGAUCGCCACAAUCAUAUAACUUGGGAACGGGAACAAGUUUUUAGUAAAAUUUCUUUACACUAACAAACAUCAUCAUUGUAACUGAAGAUGAAAGUUUUUUUUGUUAAACGCGAUUUGGUAGCAGCACUAAAACCAAACAAAACAAUUCUAACACAAUUACGAAUCAAAUAGCGAAAGCGAAUAUAUACUAAUACUAAACGUUAAGAUGAAGAUGCAGGUGCAAAGAGGUAACAACGAAACGAAACAAAAUCCAAGAAAUCGACUAUGCUUGAUAUGUAUCCGGAUAACACGAAAGCGCACAUCAACACGACUAAUAAUAAUAUCUUAAAUAUUUCUUUUGUUACUUGCGAACAUUAUUAUUUCAUUCUUGAAGAUUAUCUUUUAUUUUUCAUCAAUAUUUAUUCAUUUACACAGUUCGUAUGCAUACGAAUGGACUUUAAAUAUUAUUAUUUGAUACAUAUAUAAAAUAUACUUUUGUGUUGUAUAAUUUU